GCUUUCCUGAUUCUGUCCGAUCCUCAUGCAGGUGGGAAAGAGACACAACGGCCUGCAGAAGCUGGUUGAUGCACUGCCUGCCAUCCGACACAAGGGCAGUGUGGUUGAGUUUAACAGAUUUGACCCGGCCUGUCUAUUACCCACCAACAAAGACGACUACUGGACCUACCACGGUUCUUUGACCACGCCUCCUCUGACGGAGUCCGUCACCUGGAUCAUUAUGAAGCAGCACAUAGAAGUCAGCCAUGACCAGCUGGCGGUCUUCCGGAGCCUCCUCUUCACCUCGGCGGAGGAGGAAGUGCAGAAGAGUAUGGUGAACAACUUCCGUGUGCAGCAGCCUCUGCGAGGUCGCACAGUUCGAUCGUCUUUCACUCCCUUCCUGCAGGAGGCGCCACCAGCUGCAGGCGACCAGCACGCUCACUGACACUGCCCGACCCACACACACACACACACCUGGUGACCGCAACACAAAUAUUGUACUGAAAACUAUUUCAUUCCUUUGGAACAGAAAAUCUAAAUUUUUUUAUAUGUGGCAAAACAUCUACAUUUUUACAUUUUUAAUUAUUUCCAGUAUUUGUGGAAAAUAUCAGUACAGUACAGCUGUUUUUCACAGAUAAUGUCAAGGGUUGAACAACAUUUGUAAAACAUGUUACUGGGUAUUGGGAUUUUUUUUUCCUUUUAAACUUUUUCCCUGCAAGCAGAGUCUGAUCUGGUUCUCAGGUUUGUUUGUUUGUUUGUUUUAAUCCUUGUCUGCAGGCAGGUGCUGCAGAUGGUUUCAUACUCAGGGUGGAACAACGAUACGAUCCGCCUAUCUCAGUUCAAUACAUAACACAAUAAAUCAUUAGGAUAUUCACACUAAUCAUGUAGAAAGAAAUCUGGUGGAUGUUAAAGAAAGAAAUUAUUCUGAACUGCAAAUUAUCAUUGAUGUUAACUAUCUUGAUGUGUAUAUUUUAUGAGUCAUUUGAGGGGGGGCCUGCAAAAGAUGAUUUCUGCCAUGCAGUAGUUGACUUUUCCUAGCAUCACGAUACGAAUAUCAAAAAUCGAUACGAUUCAAUACAGACCCCACGAUACAAUUAUCAAAAUCAACUUUUUGUACCACGUUGUGACAUCUUAAUUUGGGUCAUUUAUACGUGACAAAUAUGCGUUUUUGUUCAAUUUUUUUGCAGUAAUACUACGCUACAGGCUGAGAUAAUUAUUUUAAAAUCUUCCUUCCGUUCUGCUUUUCAACAUCUAACAUUUAGAGUUUGACUACAAAUCUACAUACCAUGAUAAAGGUUUUCAGGGAGGAGUGUGCUGCUGUUCCGGUGUUGUUCGCCAACGCAGUAUUUAAAAUGUUAACCGUGGGUUGUGUGUAUGUGGCUGCACGUUCGCGGUUAUUAUUAGCAUUAUUGUGUUGAUGUUGACUGUGUUUGAUGGUUGUGUGAUCACCCAGACUAACCAUGGUAACUAUUUAGCGCGGCCCACCAGUGCUGAAACGCAACUGUAGCGAUGUACAGCGUAAGUAGUGAUGCUCUCUACCCAGAAACUUUCAUCACCAACAUGGAACAAAUGCUGACUUAUAAUAGAGAUUGAUCAUGAUUCGUAAUUUCACUCAGGGUACGUUAACAUUUGUUAAUUCUGUCUGUCAUAAGUAUUAACUAAAAGUUAAUUCAGAGUUAGCACCUUAUUAAUCAUUUAGUAAUGUUGUUCAGUAUCUUUAAGAAUUAUUAAAUGAAUUAAUACCUUAACAUGAACACACUUAAACGGUCCUAAUUGUAAAUUAAUGCAGUAAUCAUUAACAAACAUGAACAACUUAAGUAUUCAUUAAACACUAAGUCUUAAUGCCCUUUAAUUAAUACACAUUAACAUGAACACCAUUAAUAAUUACUAAGCACAGUUAAGUCUUAAUGACCUUUAAUUCAUGUAAUUAACUAUAAUUAAUGCUUAUUACUACAUUAUUUAACAGUGCAUUAAGAGUGUGUUUAGUAAAUAUUUAUUAAUGGUGUUACGUUAAUUAAUGUUCAUUACUGCGGUAAUUAAUGCACCCUCGUAAAGUGUCUGAUUAAAAUAAGCAAGUUAUUUUUCAUAAAUGUAAGGUACCUUAACUUUUUUCUCUUUUCAUCUCUGUAUGAAAAGUCUGUUUUGCAUUAGGUCAUUUCUUCUGUUCAUUGAUCAUUCUUUGGAAUGAAGUCGAUACAAUCAGUCGUUUGAAACGGAACAAAGGCCAACGCGUCUCAGCCAAUGAGAUUCAAUCAGCGUAUUGAUUUGGGUUAUUGAUUAGUCUGUCUUCUAUGUUUA